CUUGUCGGGUUGUUUAUUGAUCAUGAACAUACAUAAUAUUGGCGACGAGUGAAAACUAACGGCGAUGGCGGCAGCAUUUGGUAAGAUCGAAGCUUUUGAGGAGGCUUUGGAGUCAUGGGAACACUAUACAGAGCGUCUUGGUCACUAUUUCGACGCAAACGCGGUCGGUAAUACAGAGGCCGCUGACAAACAAAGGCGAAAAGCCAUACUGCUCAGUGUAUGUGGAAGCAAGGUUUAUAAACUUAUGAGCGAUCUGUUAGCCCCUACCAAACCGGGAGAUAAAUCCUAUGAUGAACUGGUGAAAGUAAUACAAGAUCACUUUGCACCUAAGCCAUCGGAAAUCGUGCAAAGAUUUAAAUUCAACAGUCGUUCUCGACAUCAAAAUGAGUCGGUUUCUGAGUACGUCGCGGCGUUACGUAAUUUGACUGAACACUGUAAUUACGGGGAGACAUUAGAAGCGAUGAUACGUGAUCGAUUGGUAUGCGGAAUAAAUAAUGACCGUAUUCAACGUCGUUUGUUGUCAGAAAAAGACCUAACUUACAAAAAGGCCUUUGAAACAGCCCAUGCUAUGGAGAUGGCGGCACAAAACGUCCUUGAUCUUCAAAACACUAAACCAUCAGAAAAACUUAAUAAAGUAACAUUUAAACCCCAAAAACAACCUGCCCACAAAGUAAACAAAGCCCAGACUCCAAAAUCAUGUUACCGCUGUGGUGGUAUCCAUGACCCACAGGAAUGUAGAUUUAAGGAUGUGGAAUGUUUCUAUUGUAAAAUGAAGGGACACAUUCAGGACAAAUGCAGAAAUAAACAGAGAGAUGAACAAAAGAAAAGCAGAGGUCCUAAAAAACCAUCCUACAAACGCCCAUUUGUCAGAGGAAGAGGGGGGAAUAAUGUACAGGGGAAUAAUGUACAUGCCCUGGAUGAUGAGGAUGACGACUACGAUGAAAUCUAUUCCAUGUUUCGUGUUAGUGAGGGUCGAACACCCUACUUGGUAACGUUAAAGCUAAAUGGCGUUAGCACAUCUAUGGAAGUUGACACCGGUGCGUCAUUGACUGUCAUUGACGAGACAACCUUCCGCUUAAUCAGCAAAGGUCCAGGAGAAGUAAACCUUCAUCCGUCAAAUUCAAGGUUGAAAACAUACACUGGGGAAAUCAUUCCAGUUUCAGGACAGUGUAAGCUGACUGUCGGGUACAAGGAUUUCCAGAGUCAGUUGUCACUAGUAGUUGUGAAGGGGAACAGCCCAUGCUUAAUCGGUCGAGAUUGGCUACAACACAUAAAACUGGACUGGAGUGAAAUAUUCAAGGUCACAAAUUCGAAUACUGAGAGGGGAGCAACUACGUUUGAGGGCUUGGUGCAGAAAUAUGAACCGGUAUUCCGUGACGAACUUGGAAAGUUUCAAGGUGUCAAAGCGAAAUUACACGUCGAUGCGAAUGUCAAACCGAGGUACUUCAAGGCUAGACCCGUGCCAUAUGCGUUGCGUUCCAAAAUUGAGGACGAAUUAAACCGGUUGACUAAGGAAGGUACCAUAGCGCCAGUGGAAUUUUCCGACUGGGCGACACCGAUUGUACCCAUCGUCAAGGCUGACAAGAGUAUUCGGAUCUGCGGCGAUUAUAAAGUAACAGUGAAUCAAGUUUCCGAGUUGGAUAACUAUCCUAUCCCAAAAACCGAGGACUUGUACGCAACACUUGGAGGGGGUAGUCAAUUCACUAAACUGGACUUGAGCCAAGCGUACCAACAGUUGGAGUUAGAUGACGAAUAAAAGCGUUAUACUACAAUAAACACUCACAAGGGACUGUUCCAGUACAACAGGCUCCCAUACGGCAUUUCAUCCGCGCCUGGUAUAUUCCAGAGAAUAAUGGAAAAUUUGCUCCAAGGAAUACCUCAAGUAGUCGUUCGCGUAGACGACAUUCUAGUGACCGGAAAAAAUACAGAGGAUCACUUAUUGCACUUGGAAGAAGUUUUAGCGCGUCUGAACAAAGCUAACGUACACCUAAAGAAGGGAAAGUGCGAGUUUCUAUCAGAUGAAGUCGUGUAUUUAGGUCAUCGCAUUAACCGUGACGGUAGUCAGCCCAUUGACGAAAAGGUCCGUGCAAUUAAAGAAUCUCCUGCACCCACUAAUGUCAAAGAGCUUCAAGCUUUUUUGGGGAUGAUAAACUAUUAUGGCUGUUAUCUAAAAAACCUCUCUACGAUUCUGGCUCCACUGCACGAGUUGUUGCAAAAAAAUGCAGAGUGGACAUGGAAGGAGAGACAGAAGAAAGCAUGGAAUCAGGCCAAAGAUUUGUUGCAAUCUUCACAACUACUCGUACACUACGAUCCAAACAAAGAUUUGGUACUAUCGUGCGAUGCUUCGCCAUAUGGAGUAGGUGCUGUGUUAUCGCACAUCAUGGAGGAUGGUCAGGAGAGACCAAUAGCCUAUUCGUCAAGAACUCUAGCGGUUGCCGAGAAAAACUACUCACAACUCGAGAAAGAAGGUCUAGCUGUCAUAUUCGGCAUUAAGAAGUUUCAUCAGUAUCUGUAUGGAAGGCGAUUCACCAUUUUCACAGACCACAAACCACUGCUGGGUUUGCUUCGGGCAGAGAAAGCUAUUCCUACAAUGGCUUCUCCUCGCGUUCAACGUUGGGCGAUUCUCUUAUCAGCAUACGAGUAUGACCUCAUCUACAGGAAAGGUGUUGAAAAUAGUAAUGCAGAUGGGUUAAGUCGAUUGCCGCUGGCCGAUACGACACUGCAGGUACCGACACCUGGCGAAACCAUAUUGCUCAUGGAGUUCAUUGACCGCACACCCAUCACUGCGAAACAAAUUGCAGAUUGGACUACACAGGAUUCAACUUUCAGAAAGGUAUCCGAGUUUAUUCUCUAAGGAUGGCCAGAAAUGUCCAAGGAUGAAAGUUUACGUCCAUUCACAUCCAGGAAGUGUGAACUAACGAUACAUAAUGGAUGUAUUCUGUGGGGUAGUCGUGUCGUAGUCCCCAAACCUGGUCAAGCGAAACUCUUGGAGGAAAUGCAUGAAGGACACCCAGGCAUAGUUCGCAUGAAAAACCUCGCGAGGAGUUACAUGUGGUGGCCAGCAAUAGACACUGAUAUAGAACUGACAGUAAAAGGAUGUGUUGACUGUCAACAUCAAAGUGCGUUGCCACCUGUGGCACCAUUGCACCCAUGGGAAUGGCCAGAACGACCAUGGCUACGCAUACACGUUGAUUACGCGGGUCCAUUUAUGGGACACAUGUUUUUGAUCGUGAUUGAUUCUUACAGCAAGUGGCUAGAAGUAUAUCUAACAAAAACCUCUACGUCAGGAGUCACUAUUGAGAAACUUCGACAAGCAUUCGCCACACAUGGAUUGCCCGAAAUGAUGGUGUCUGACAAUGGAACAUGUUUCACAAGUGAAGAAUUCAAAAGGUUUUCAUCAGAAAAUGUCAUUCUGCAUGUGAAAACAUCACCAUAUCAUCCAUCUUCUAACGGGAUGGCCGAACGCUCGGUGCGUAUCUUCAAAGAGGGAAUGAAGAAAAUGGAGAAAAUGGAAGGAACGUUGUCAACAAAACUUCAACGGUUUUUACUUGCUUACCGUUCAACACCACAGACAACGACUGGAUUAACUCCUGCUGAACUGUUGUUAAACCGGAAGUUAAGAACCAAGUUGGAUUUGGUAAAACCGGAAGUGCGCGAACGCGUGACCGAUCAGCAGCAGUAUCAAAAAAUGUAUCACGAUAGUAGAGCAAAGGAUCGUUCGUUCUGCGUCGGUGAUACAGUGUUGGUGAAAAACUUUGGGACUGGACCGAAGUGGAAGUUUGGUACGGUGGCCUCAAAAUCAGGUCCACUAUCCUAUUCGGUUGAAUAUGAGGGAGGAGGAGUAACGCGACGUCAUGUGGACCAAAUUCGUCAACGUCAUUGUCUGUCUAAUCAGGAAUCAAACCAGGAGAUUGAUUGCGAGUCGUUCGAUGAACAACGCGAGUCUAAUGACCCACCACAAUUCGAAUCACCGUGUGUUACCGCUUGCGAUCCGCAACCUCACUCACCCACAAAACCUGAGUCGAGACCAGAACAGUCUGCGAAUAAAUCAGACCAUGCCCGUCCACAACGCGCCAGGAAGCCACCAUCAUAUCUAAAGGAUUUCGUGACGACCAGCACCACUUAG